AACAAUGCAUAUUGUAAGUGAUAAUAAAGCUAGAACCUGACAAGGCGACCACAGCGAACCAUCAAAGUUAAGUUACAUCGUGGUUGAUGGUUUGUAUAGAAGGCGUGUAGGUUUAAGGAGAAGCACUACAUCUUUUGUUUGGUUCAGAAUAAAGUAAUGGGAGGUUUGCAGCUUACGUGUUUCUGCGCUAGUCUGGUUCUGACAGUAGCAAGUAUUCUUCCUCCAAACUGUCCUGAUAAAGAAGAUCUAAAACCCUGUACUUGCGACUAUGAAGGUAUUAACUGUUUCCACGUGGUCGAUUCUAACGACUUGAAGAGGGCGAUGCAAACAAAUCCCUCUGAUCCUCGACUCCGAUCAUUCUGGCUGACGGGAACAGAGCUUACUGAAAUAAAGGCUUACACUUUUCAGAAGUAUUCCAUCGUACAAAUGUUUUUGGACUUUAAUCGUCUGAAUAAGCUGGAGGAUAACGCGUUUGUAGGUGGUUCAGAAUCCACCUUAGUCUACCUAGGACUCUCUAACAAUGAAUUUACAAGUUAUCCAAUGAACGCUUUGAGAAUACUGAAAGCACUAAUAUCCGUAAACUUUGAAAAUAACAAAAUCACCAAAGUACCAAAUUUUGCCUUUAAAUCUUCAAAAGACUUGGUUGAAGUUAAUUUAGCCAAUAAUGUCAUCAGUCAUGUUGGGAAAAUGGCCUUUGUUAAUCUACGAAAACUACGUAAAGUGGAUCUAUCCAAUAAUCAACUGGUGUCAGUUGGUAUUUUAAUUUUCCCCAACACCAACAUAGUUUACUACAAGGAUUCCCGAGAUGCUGCCGAACCUGACGCGAGCAACACGGAAGUUGUCAUCGAGCUUCAAGGAAAUCCAAUUGGCAUCGAAUCAAGUCCACAAUGAUGAAAGAGUGUUAUUAACAAGAACUCUCUGUAAGGAAGAGCCGAGAUGACCCAUAUCUCGAUCUUUCUGAAAUAAUUAUUCUAAGUAUCCUUAUAAAAUGUUUCUAAAAUGGAUAAUAAUAAAACUAUUUUAUACAAUCAA